AUGAAGUUCAUUCUCCUCCUCGCUUCCGCCGGAGCCGCCAUGGCUUUUGUCGAGUGCCGUACACCUUCAAAUGCUGAGCUUUUCAAAAACUGCAAGACUCAAGAACAGCGGGAUGGCUGCAAGGGCCAGUGCAUUAAGCAUUGCUCGGACACAACCGCAAACUUGGCUGUCUGCAUUGACAAGGCGAACAACGACUUUGACUGCGUCUGCGGAACCCAGGCUGGCAGAGGUCCUGGAUUCAACUGA